AACUCAACUUCCUCUUUCAACAACAAAUGUGUCAGUUAUUAGCAGGAUCCAUGCUGCCAGAGUAAAGCUUUUUACCCUUUGCUCCCUGCAAAGAAACAAGAGUGCUUAUCCCAGCUAAGCUCCAGGGAGCAUGGAGUCUGUGAUGCAGCUCACUCUUUGAUGAGGGCUUUUAAUAGAGUGGGAUCAAGGAAGAUGGCACAAAAUGGUAAGAAAAGUACACAGUGAGACUCACUGGGACAACUUGACAUAUUUAGCCAAUAAAAGGCAAUUUGAUUUUUUAUGGUGUAUAAUUUAUCUAGCUACAUAAUGAAAAAAGAUUUUUAGGUGUAAAAGUCUUGCUUUGGAAAAUUUAACUUUCAGAGAUACUGAGACAAAUAGUAGAAAGUAAGACAAUAUAUUCUGGGGGCUGUAAGGGGCCUUAGAGGUCCAAAUUCCUCGCAAUACAGUCAGUGAAACUGAGAGGCAGUGAAGUGAAGACACUUAUGUUCACUCAGCUUGUUAGUGGUAUAGGUGGAACGAGGACCUGUGUCUUUAAACUCAUGUUCCCUUUCCCCUACAGCAGUUUGCAUCUCCCAGAGAAUACUGUAAACGUAUUUGUGACUUUGUCAUUUUUUUAAGUUAGGAAAGGAGAAAAUAUCCAAGAUGACUUCAGAGUCUGCUCGGAGUGGUUCCUUGAUCCUUUGAAAGCUAGUUUUUGACCGAAAUUCAGCCUUACUGGAUAGGAGAGCCCUUGAGUGAGGCACUCAUUUUUUCAGUUAUUAUUGCUGGAGUUAUUCAGUUAUUACUCUGAAUGCUAGCACCUCUCUCCUUCUGUGCUAAGAUGACUAAAUCGAAAAGGAACUUUCAGCUAGGGAGCCCCUGAAGGGAGACUGUGCCAAAUCAACUGGAACCAAGAUUAGCCUGGAUAGAGUGAUACCAGAUUUUGCUGUGCUUUCCGGGGAAAUAGGCUCAGUUCCAAGAAUCCUGAACUGUAAAUCCAUGACUUACUUUGAUGAAUAUACUGAAACAUUCAAGAUGCUUAGCAACAGUACCAGCACUGCUGAGACUUACUGUAAUGUCACUAAUGUGAAAUUUCAAUACUCCCUCUAUGCAACCACCUAUAUCCUCAUUUUCAUUCCUGGUCUUCUGGCUAACAGUGCAGCCUUGUGGGUUCUAUGCCGCUUCAUCAGCAACAAAAAUAAAGCCAUAAUUUUCAUGAUCAACCUCUCUGUGGCUGACCUUGCUCACGUAUUAUCUUUACCCCUCCGGAUUUACUAUUACAUCAACCACCACUGGCCUUUCCAGAGAGCCCUUUGCCUGCUCUGCUUCUACCUAAAGUAUCUCAACAUGUAUGCCAGCAUUUGUUUCCUGACGUGCAUCAGUCUUCAGAGGUGCUUUUUUCUCCUCAAGCCCUUCAGGGCCAGAGACUGGAAGCGUAGGUACGAUGUGGGAAUCAGUGCUGCCAUCUGGAUCAUUGUGGGGACUGCCUGUUUGCCAUUUCCCAUCCUGAGAAGCACAGACUUAGAGAAGAACAACAAGUCCUGCUUUGCUGAUCUUGGAUACAAGCAAAUGAAUGCAGUUGCAUUGGUCGGGAUGAUUACAGUUGCUGAGCUUGCAGGAUUUGUGAUCCCAGUCAUUAUCAUCGCAUGGUGUACCUGGAAAACUACUAUAUCUUUGAGACAGCCACCAGUGGCUUUCCAAGGGAUCAGCGAGAGGCAAAAAGCAGUGCGGAUGGUGUUCAUGUGUGCUGCAGUCUUCUUCAUUUGCUUCACUCCCUAUCAUAUUAACUUUAUUUUUUACACCAUGGUAAAGGAAACCAUCAUUAGCAAUUGUCCCAUUGUCCGAAUCGCACUGUAUUUCCACCCUUUUUGCCUGUGUCUUGCAAGUAUCUGCUGCCUCUUGGAUCCAAUUCUUUAUUACUUUAUGGCCUCAGAGUUUCGUGACCAACUAUCCCGCCAUAGCAGUUCUGUGACCCGCUCCCGCCUCAUGAGCAGAGAGAGUGGUUCUUCAAUGAUUGGUUAAAAUUAAAAUGUCUCUUUAAUUAUAACUUUGUUUGCCUACGUUCUUUGUCUUCUUUCAAAGGCCAGAAUUGCCAACCAAUUUCUUUAUAUGAACCUUGUAAACAGCAGAAAUAAGUGUUUGUUUGUGUGAUAUUCAUAGUCACAGUGGUGUGAUGAUGAAGGCAGAGUGUGAAAAAUGUGAGAGAGGAAGGGAAAAUAGAUUUACCUGCUUCCUCUUUGAAAUUCAAGAUGCUUUCUUAUUUAAGAAACCUAGAUCAAGUUUUUACAGAUAUAAAUAAAAGUUGAAUAGUUUCCCUUAAUUUUUUUCAAUAAGUUAUUGUUAAUAAUGCACAAUAUGUGAAUUUUUCCUAGCAUGUAAAAAAAUAACUUUCAUAUAAACGCCUUUAUUUCUGAGUGAAAGUAAAAAUGUCUAGUCUUUCUAACAGGUAAAUUUUUCUAACAGGAAAGACAGUGUGAAGAAUUGAAGCAGUAUGUGCAUAAAUUUCAGAACCACAAACCUCUUACUAAAGAAAAGGCAUGGAAAUACAUUCAUUCGUUGAAAAUGUGUUGGAUGCCUGUUGUGCUCUGGGUUGUCACUUUGUUAGGUACUUCUUUUUUUUGUUUGUUUGUUUUCAUAUGUUAUUGGGGCACAGGUGGUAUUUGAUUUCAUGAGUAAGUUAUAUAGUGGUGAUUUGUGAGAUUUUGGUGCACCCAUCACCGGAGCAGUGUGCACUGCACCAUAUUUGUAGUCUUUAAUCCCUCGCCACCCUCCCACUCUUCCACACAUAACAUCUCAUCCGGCCCUCCUCAUAAACCUGUGUAAGUUGCCAAUACCAAUGAAUAAAUGGAGCCUCAGAGAGGUUAAGCAAUUUGUCUCAGGAUCAAUAGUCGUUAGCCAAAAUUGGUCAAGUAUAAUACACCACAAAUGCUUAUGUUAUUCCCUUGUUUUUGUUGUUACAUUUAUUAGGUCUAUAAUAAAUUAAUCCUCAAUGAUGAAGACACAAACUAAAGCUAAGCCAAUUGAGAUCAAGGCCAUUUCAACAUGGUUUGCCUAUAAUUCUCUAAAAAAUCUGUAUGUUGUGGCUUUCACAGGUCAAGCUUCAGGCUGCAAGGUCUUAAGUGCUAAAUAGAUGUGUUGUCCUAAUGCUGUUCCAAGGUACAGAAUCCUGAUGAUAAGGAGUAUAGAAAACUCAAAAAAUUAAUUAUUUCUUAAAAAAAUGUGUAUUUUAAGGCAUGAUACAAAUCAUACAAAUCCCAUAAGUAGAUUUUAAAAAACCCUACAAAAUAGAGUGGUAAACAUUCUAUAAAAUGUUGAAAUGUGUUUGGAGUUCACCUAAGCUCACUUUUCCUAAAUAAUACUAUAUAGUAUUGUACACAAAUUUGUUUUUAAGAAACUUUUAGGAAGAUUUAUGUGAGCAUAACUGACAAUAUCUCCAUUAGAAGCAAAAAGUAUUAUUACAUCAUAAAUACAAGAAAACUGUAUGUCCUUUUUCUGGCAAUCUUUUUAUCUUAUUUUUUUCAAAUGUUACGGGUGUUGCUUAAGCAUCAUUUUAAAGGAUUUGAAUACAAACAAUCCCUCAGCUCAUCAGUUUGAAAUGUAUGAAGCUCACUUCAUCACUCUUAUCUUUUAUGUCUGCAAUAUAAAUAGCAUAGACAUUUGUUGUGCAGGGAGGAAAAAGGAAAUAGUAGCUCUCGGAAUAUUCAUUUGAAUAGAGUGGCUGUGGAAGAAUGAAUAACAAAAAAAAGGGAUUUUUUUUUCAAGAUCUCUCACUGGGAAAAGAAAGACUUAUGCAAUUAUAAAGUAAUUAAACUGGUUUUCCUUAUACUUUAUUAAUCUGGAUCUAAUGACAUUUCCUUAGGAGGGUUUCCAGAUGUGCUUGCAGUUAAUGACAACAUUAUCGUAAUGACCACAUAGACAGUCCUAUUCUAAGGAGAUAACUUGGGGAAAAACCUAUUUGGAACUCCACAUCCUGCCAUGCAUGUGGAGAAAUGGAACCCCAGUUCUUAAGAGUCACACUUUAUAUUCCCUGCUUUCAAGUGGUUGACAAAAGGUAGUGCUUGAAGCACAAGAUUUAUGGAAUAGUGAGCCAAUUAAACAACACGCUUUUUAUUUUGACUACCAUUUAAGUGGAAUUUUUGAGCUUUUUCUGACAUGUGAAUUGCAAUGUGGUGAGAGAGAAAAACAUAAAAUCAUUCAAGCAAUUGACAAUCAGUUCUUUAAUUUUAAAGGAGAUAUCUUAUGUAAUGCCAAAAGAAAAGGUGACAGUGCUUCAGCUGAUGAUAUAGCAGUGCAAGAAAUCAGUGAAAUUGUUUUAAGGUAUUACAAUAAACAACAAUUUUAAAAGUUAUUCCUAUGCUUGUCACAAUGACAUAAUUUGAGCCAAACAAAACAUCAAAACAUAUAUCCUUUAAUAAUUUUUCAAAAGGUCAAAACUAAAGCUAAACAUUGCCCCCAAAAUCUCUGCAAGGCACUAAGCAAAAUCCACACAGAAUCCAUUCAGAAUCUCAUAAUACUGAUGAAAGAUUAUUUAAACUUCUGAUAGUUUUGGUAAAAAUGGAAAGGAAUUUAGUAAAAAUGGGAGAAAUAUAACCUUUGUACCAAUUUAUGUGACCUUAAAUGCCAUUUAUGCGUAAUCAGAUAUGCUGUUUUCUCUUUACAUUUUAAAAUAACUUAAAGAGUGUUAUUGGUUAGCCAGGCAUGGUGGUGUGCAACUGUAGUCCCAGCUACUUG